AUGGUAGGAGGAGGAGUUGGUGAUGAGGUGGACAAAGGAAGAGAUGUCAUGGAAGAAAGAUUUCAUCAUGACGUGGACAUAAGAAGGGUUGCCAUGGAAGGAGUUGGUGAGCCAAGGAUAAGAAGAUCUGCAAGGAUUAUAGCCAAGCAUAAGAAGGUUAAUACCGAGUCUUUGGUUGGUNGAGCUGGGAUAUUACGAGAUGAGACCGGCAAUGCAUUAUUACACGGUAGAGAUGCGUUUAGAGCAUCCACUUCAAGAAUGGUGGCUGAGCUCAAUCCCGGGGGUUUUAUGGCGCAGCAUCUUCAUACACUCUUGGCCAUUGGUCUUCAUAACAAUAAGGAUUAUAUGUAA